AUGGGACGACGGACACGGGCAGAGAAUCUCGGUGACUUCCACGACAGCACCACUAGCUCUCACGGCGACCUUCAUACCCACGUCACCGCUGACGGGGCACGUCUCCUGACUCAAACUCGAUACAAUGCCCCUCAAAAACGCCACCACGGAGUUCCAGUCACCGAGCAGGACGAGAGACUUGCAGAAUGGACUCCAGUUUCGGUUGCUGGAAUGGGUGAUAUGCUCGCUCUGGCGGAUACCAUCACGUCUUACGACGUCAGCCCAGACGCGGAGGAUGGGAAUGAGGGGGAGAAGGCGAAAAGACGACGAUAUGCCAGCUCUAAUUCAUGUCAGGAUGACCCCAUGUCGACCUGGCUUCCCUACAGCCAAUUCUAUCUCGACGAGCUGAUUCGGCGAGAAGGCUUAGGAGAGUUCCUCCACUCUCCCAAGUGUUCUUUCUGUGGAGAUCGUUAUGGAACGGAUAACUGCCGCAUAUUUCGCUGCCAGCAAUGCGGAUGCUUCCUGCAAUGCGGAAAGUGCGUCAUGGAGCAACACAUUCGUUGUCCUCUGCAUACCUUGCGAGAAUGGAAUGGCGAAUAUUGGGACGACAUUUCGCUCCAGGCCCCCGUAGAACAAGGCGGAUUAGGCCUCGUCUUCCAGCUGGGACACCACGGCUUUGCUUGCGAAAAUCCGGGCCAAAUCAAGUCACUGGUCGUUAUGGACGUUCGGGGCAUCUUUUCCCUUCGCGUGCGCCUCUGCAGCUGCGAAUAUGGCCAACGACGCAGCGAUCCUGUCCAGCAAUUACUCGCGCAUGGCUGCUCUUUCGACUGCUCAAUGUUGUUGGCAACCUCAACGCCGCACGACUUCGUCGGAACCCUUGAGCGUCUCACCGAUGCGGCAAACGUGGGCAAGUUGCCUGAUCGAUACAAAACAUUCAUUAGAAUGGCUCGGCAGCAUACGUUCCUUACGACCGCUAAGCGAUUAGGCCGCGCUCACGAAAAAAACGGGCUUGUCGAGGAGAAACAUGGUGGUUUUGCGUUGCGUUGUUGGGCAUGUCCUGACGUGGCCCGUAACCUACCCGAGGGCUGGCGAAAUGUUCGUAAGAAGGACGCCUAUCUCUAUAAGCUAAUCCUCGCUGUCGACGCGAAUUUCCGCCUCAAAAAUCGAAUACGUGCAAAUGCCCACAACGACCCUUCUUUGAUCGCAGGACGGGGUUAUUUCGUCGAGAGCGAUGCUUACAAAGCACAUUUGAAGGCGUAUGUCAACGAGAAGGAUAUUAGCACUUGUGUCGCUUUUGCGGCUCUGCUUCAAAAGGACACUCGGAUAAGCAGCGGGCUUCGCGUUUCUGGGGUUGGCGGGUGUGUAUGCGCUCGGCACGGCCUACUACGGCCAGGGGGUAUUGGAGACCUUCAAAAGGGCGAGCGAUAUGCGAAUAUGGACUUUAUUGUAUUAUCGGCGUUACAAGGCGAGGGUGUCGAAUCAUUGGCGAUUUCUUACGACAUUGGCUGCCAAUGGAGUGUACAUUUGCCCGAACGCGCGACCCGCUUAAAGGACAGCGGUGUAAUGGACAACGACCUAAGCGGCUUCAAAAUGCAGUUCGCUCUACCGGUUUGGCAUGCGGCGGCACACGAAAUCGCUUGUCGGACCGCGAACUCCCUUUCCUAUCGAGUUGGCGUUGGAAAGACCGAUGGGGAGGGAAUUGAGCGGACGUGGUCCACGCUGAAUCCGAUCGGAUGGUCCACGAAAGAAAUGGGGGAAGGGGCGAGGCAGGACGCGAUUGAAGACCGUCUUGACCACAUAAAUUUCGAGAAAAAUCGUGGUCAAGGGAAUACGCUCGCGCGAAAGCUCGUCGUGGCUUUAGCGGAAUCUGCACGGCAGGACGAAGAGUUUGAUGAGCUCGAUGCAGGAGUCGAUGCGACGACCAGAGCUAUAUGGAAUGGGAAAAUACGAGCGUGGCUAGCCGAUCCUUCGCAACCAAGCCCUUAUCUGCUCGACGGAGACAAGGACGGUGCGCAGACCCAGAAGUCCAUUAUGGAGGAGCUGAAGAUGGCUGAGCUGGAGGAGGUUCGCGCUGGCAAUGCCCCCUUGGUGGAGGGUAAAAUGACGAGUGCGGCCUUCAUCGAGGCCGGGUUACAGCUUGAGGCGCAGCAACGUCGCAUCAUUGCCGAAACGAAAAACACCACUCUAUUGAAUGCGGAUCGUUCGAGCCAAAUUCAAGAGCGACGCUUCACAUUCUUCCGAAAACACAAGACAUUCCUCCGUCUCCAGCUCACCUACAUGCCCGGCGUGGAAGACAUCCGGAUGGCAGACGAGGCAGCGCGUGACCCCGAUGCUGCACCCCCCAAAGCUGAAUUCGUCAAGCUGUACCUGCCUUCUCAACUACCUGCCGAUAGACGAUCAAGCGCAUGCGGCCGCGGCGUGCUGGAAGCUGAGGUAAAGCUUCGGGUUGGUCAGUGUGGUGACGCGCUGCGGGAGCUUCGAGCGGCAUUGAAUACGCAAACCCAUCUCAUUUAUUGGCGAAAUGAGAAUUCGGUGGGGCAGCGAUCUGCUACGCGGUCAGCGUCGCUGAUUAGCCGUGUGGGGGAGACUAUUGCAAAAGCUGCGGCAAAGUACCGAGAUUCACAGGCCGCGCUCGUCGCCAUCAAAGGCAGCACUUUCGCGCCUCAAUUUCGGCCCCUACUCGACAUAGACAUAAACGCACGGCCUGGCGUCGAGAACGACAUCGAGGCAAUGAAGCGGCUAGCGGGUGCCGAUUCGUCACGGGUCGGACGUAAUGUGCCAUCGCAGGUGACUUUAAAUCGGACCGUAUCCUGGAUUUGGACCACGGGUGGAUCGUCAGCAUCCGAUUUGCAUGAUUCCGUCCGUGUCGACUGGUCGAAGGCAAAAGCACGUCGUGAAAGAUGGCGGGAGGAAGUCAAGCUUGUGCGGGAAGAGAUGAAGCGUGUCUUACGCUCGCUUCGAUGGGAGCAAGACCAGUGGCGGGGUCGGAUGGAUAAUCGGAACGAGGAGCCGGGUAUCUCGGCCGAAUUGAAAUCAGGCUUACGUGCGUAUGCACUACGUCAGGCGGACUUGCACCGGCGCAUCGGGGAGCGCUUCUUUUUGGAAUGGAGCAAGUCCAUCGAGGCCGCACUGGGCGGAUUGAUGCGGAAUUUAUUGGAUGGUGGUGAGGAGGAACUCGCGGUCGAAGAGCACGAUGAGAGAACGAUGAGGAGAGGGAUUGAUUGCUGUGUUCUUUUACAAAUGCCAAGCCUUUUGUCUACUUGUGGAACGGAUCGACACAAUGCCAAGUGCAACGCCAGGCCCAGGUGA